CAAUAUCAUUCCAGACGUAGUAGCGUUGGGAUCAGAGUUGCAGCGUAAAUGGAGUGUUAUCGCGUAUUUUUUUCAAAUUUUCGUACCGUGGUCCGGUGAUUUAUAACAAUUUGAAGUUGGAAGAACAUCGUCUACCGAUACAAUUUUGUGAUAAUUGAGAGUUUUGAUAGAUGUGAUACUUGAAUAGUGUUUUGGAAAUUUUUAUAGAACUAUUUGCAUGUGUGAAAAUGAAUAUCGGUAACCAUUGAAAUGACGGUGAAAAACGCCCACCGUUGUUAGCAUAGACGUUUGUCGUAUAUCCUUCAUAGCGUGAAACGAAGAUAAAGCUCUACUAGUGUUAUUGAUUUAUGGAUACUUACGGCUCUAGUUAAAGAAAAAAAAACAAAAAUACACAGAAAUAGAUUGGAAGGAGCAGGAGCCACAUUGAGUAAGACCAAAUUAUGAGACAAUGGAUGAAAUAAAGUUCGAUCGAUGUUUGCAUUCAGUAGCGUGAAAAGUGCAUCUUUAACAAUAUCAGUGCAGAGAAACACAUUGGAUAAGUUCAGCUGGAUCUAACGGAAUCAACUAAAACGCAUCAUGAAAUGCAUAAUUUGUAUUAUUGCGUUGUUAGUACUUCGUGGAUGGACUGGUGCUGAAGGGACUCCAUUGAAAGUACGUACUUGCCUUCAGUAUGGAACAACAUCUACAACAAACACAAACAAUCAGCUGAAUCAGGAUAACUCGGACGAUUAUGAAAACUACGACGAACCAGCGGAUGUAUCUGAUGAUGCAUUGAUCGACAAAAAUACCUCCACUGUGGUUUCAUGUUCACGCUAUGCCACAUUUUGUUAUGCGUUAUGGACAAUAGAUGCUGCGAAAAACACUACCAAGGUUGUCGUUCAAGGAUGCUGGGAAGUCUCGGACAAGAAGGAAACGUGUAUCAACAACGAGUGUAUCAGUUACAAGGAAACCAAGAGCGGCCACUUUUUCUGCUGCUGCGCUGGGGAUAAUUGCAAUGGAAACUUCAGCUAUGCUUCGAAUCCAAUGCUGACCGACAGUGCCACACUGGGAACGGAUGGCGACUAUACCCCAUUCGCACCGUACACUUCUAUUUGGAGUUCUCCAACGGUUUACAUUUGCUUUGCCAUGGUUGGUAUCAUUUCAAUGCUUAUCAUUGGCUUUCUCACGUGUCGAAAAACGACAAAAGCAGUAUCAGAACAAGCUCCAUUGGCUCCAUCUGGACCGGGCUACAGCUCCAACUUAUACAACGUUGAUAAUCUAAAGCUCGUGUCUAUGAUAGGGCAAGGAAAAUAUGGCACUGUAUGGAAAGGAAUCGUUAAUGAACAGCAUGUAGCCGUAAAGAUCUUUACCGCUCAACAAAGGCAAUAUUUUCUGAAUGAGAAGGAUAUCUACAGUAUACCCCUUAUGGAAUCACCUGCCUUACUAUCUUAUUUUGGUUGUGAUGAACGUAGAACGAUGGACGAUCGUAUUGAAUACCUUUUGGUGUUGUCGUUGGCGCCAUUGGGUUGCUUGCAGGAUUGGUUGACCGAUAAUAAAAUGCCAUUCGGAAUUUUUUGUAGAAUGGGAAAAUCGAUAGCUAGUGGACUUGCCCAUUUACAUACCGAGAUUCGCAAAGGAGAUCUAAUCAAGCCAUGUGUAUGUCAUCGUGAUCUCAACUCUAGGAAUAUAUUAGUGAAGGCCGAUUUGUCAUGCUGCAUUUGUGAUUUGGGUUUUGCUUUGAAAACCUUUGGACCUCGUUAUGAAUGUCGUGGAGAGAUUGCCCUCGCUGAAACGAAAAGUAUCAAUGAAGUUGGCACUCUGCGCUACAUGGCUCCUGAAGUUUUGGAGGGCGCAGUUAAUUUGAGGGAUUGCGAAUCAGCUCUUAAGCAGAUUGACGUCUAUUCACUGGGAUUAGUUCUUUGGGAACUGGCUACAAGAUGUGAUGAUUUCUACUCAGACUCUUCUGCUGUUCUGGAAUAUAAGGCUCCGUACGAAGAAGAGAUAGGCGGCAACCCUAGCUUCGAGCAAAUGCAAGUUUUGGUAUCCAGAAAUAAGGCGAGACCGAGAUUCCCAGUGAAUUAUGAGAAGAGCGUUGCUGCUAGAAUUAUAAAAGACACAUGUGAAGACUGUUGGGACCAUGAUGCAGAAGCUCGCUUAACAGCACUUUGUGUUCAAGAACGAAUUCAGGAUAUUACUACAAUGAACCCAAGAUCGCAGUUGCAAACACCACCCCUUAGCACAAACAACUUGAUCAUCACAACACCAUCUAUAAAGAGUAAAGUAAGUCCAACAGCAGUCUGUUUCAUGACCCCUCCUAAUCAACAGGUUAUUCCACACACAAGCCAUUAUAGCGAUAGAAGCACUGGGUCAACUAAUUACCCCAAGAUAAUUAAUGUUCCAGUUGAUUCACGUCAGCGAAUUAUUCCAAACGGUCUACAGAGAUCCAGCAUCAAUGAUGCUUACAUACCUGAUGUGGAAGAUAAAUUUAAACCUUUAACAAAUAAUCAUCAGACGGAUGUAAUAUUCAGUAAUCCUCGCGGCCUACCAAAAUUAGAAAACAGUGAAACACAAUGCAAAAUACGAAGUUUAAAUAGCGUCAAAUCAAUGUUGCAAAAAACGUUUCAAAAGCCCCAAACCUUCGUCCAGCAGGACUGUGACGAUAAAUCCAAUCUAGUCGUAAAUUCUCUCACUUAUGCUGUUAAUUUAGAAAACUACCCAUCUGAUCUAGUCAAUACUAGUUCCACAAGUCUCCAUAUAAAUAUGAUAAAUUCAGCAGAUAAUGAUAUUGAAAAACGCACUGUUGAACGCCCGACUAACCUUGAUCUGUCUUGCGGAAGCGGUCGCUACGAGCAUAACCUCAUACGAUCCGCCAACGAAACCUCCAAAUUUAAAACGCUGGCCGACGAUUUCACAAGCCAACCAUUUACUAUGAUCCAGUCCAACUCGCCCAACCCUAAACUGCGCAUAGUGGUGUCCAAGUCGGCGAAUGCAGUGAAAAAUUUGAAUUCUAGCAGAACUAACUUGAGCGGUCAUGGUACGGAUGAUAGCAAAUCGAUGAAACGUCAACGCUCAUUGGAAGUAUUCCACGAAGUCUUCGGACCGAAAGGCAGUAUCGAGAGACUACGAAACCCAAGUCAACGAGUCAAAACACCGGGCGAUGUGCCGCCCUCGGUUCGAAAAGUACGAGCGUCCAAAACUCUUUCACUUUAUGACGAUCGCAUGAUGGAUACGAGCAAAUUAGCCAACUCCGUAUAGCACGAGGAGGUCCUUCUGCUUGAACUGUAGGGAUGGUGUGCCGUGAAUCCUUUGAGUCAUUUAGACAAUGCAUGACAAACAUGUAAUGGUUAAAAUGGGUAGCAUGGUAAAGUAAACAGGACAAUUUCUAACAAAUUAAUAACAAACGUCUUAUCCAUACGUUUUUGGUUCUCCUUUUACAUUUAUUAAAUAACUUAAUACAACAAGAAGAGUAGAUCAAAAAAACACGAUAUUAGUGUGGCUAGUCAUUACAUUCCACUUAGGAAAUAAAAUAAAAGAAAUAGUCAUACGGUAUGUUGCGAGAAUGGUGUUAAAAAUGUGUACUCUUAAUACAGCUCUUAAACCAAUGGAAGACUUAUUUGUAUAGACAACAAGUAGAAAUUCUUGAUAAAGCGCACUAAACUAUGAUAGUGAGAAAAUAUUGAGCAACAGAUAUAACUCAUGAAAAUAAAUCACUGAAGUAUUACACAAAACAACAUUGUUCACGUUAUAUGAGAAUCAUCCUUACAAAUAUCCACUCAGAGUACAAACUUUGAAAAAUUUUAAUAAUCAUCGUCAAAAAAAACAAAAUACACUCUACUGGUCGUUCACCACCUCUCUACUUCGUUGGUCUACAUUGCUACAAACAAAUUUAGAAAAAGGCUGCAAAUUUUAGGUACAUAAUUCUAUUUCAAAAUGGAACAAUUAAGGAAGUACUUCGCUCAAAACCUAUCGCCAACACUUCGUUUGUGUAUCGCCUACAGUGACCAGUAUAA